CAUAUUUUGAUGAUAAUGUUCCAAUUGGGUGCUUAUGGCUUGUGUUUGCAGGUUGAUGUUAAUACUGAAGUGGGAGUUGUCAGAGAUAUCCGCCUUAAAGAAUUGCGAAUAUAUACAGAUUAUGGUCGCUGUAGUCGUCCAUUAUUUAUUGUGGAUAAACAAAGGCUUCUCAUAAAGAAAAAGGAUAUUCAUGCUUUACAACAGAGGGAAUCCCCAGAGGAAGGUGGAUGGCAUGAUCUUGUUUCCAAGGGGUUUAUAGAAUAUAUUGAUACAGAAGAAGAAGAGACCACUAUGAUCUCCAUGACCAUUAAUGAUCUCGUUCAAGCAAGGAUCAAUCCAGAUGAAGCUUAUUCUGAUACUUACACUCAUUGUGAAAUCCAUCCAUCAUUGAUCUUGGGUGUAUGUGCUUCCAUCAUACCCUUUCCUGAUCACAACCAGUCGUCGCGUAACACAUAUCAGUCUGCUAUGGGAAAACAAGCUAUGGGAAUAUAUGUAACCAAUUACCAAUUUCGAAUGGAUACAUUGGCCUAUGUACUAUAUUAUCCUCAAAAGCCACUGGUCACUACAAGAGCCAUGGAGCAUCUCCAUUUCCGGCAACUUCCUGCUGGAAUUAAUGCAAUUGUGGCCAUUGCGUGUUAUUCUGGGUAUAAUCAGGAAGAUUCUGUCAUCAUGAAUCAAUCUUCAAUAGACCGUGGAUUCUUUCGGUCUCUGUUUUUCCGUUCAUAUAGGGAUGAGGAGAAGAAGAUGGGAACUCUUGUCAAAGAAGAUUUUGGUCGACCAGACAGAGCUAAUACCAUGGGCAUGCGGCAUGGCUCUUAUGAUAAGCUAGAUGAUGAUGGCCUAGCACCACCUGGUACUAGAGUGUCUGGUGAGGAUGUUAUCAUUGGAAAGACCACCCCAAUCUCUCAAGAUGAUGCGCAGGGCCAAUCUGCACGUUAUACGAGACGUGGAUUGGUGCCAAUACUAACAAUCAUGGGGUAUCAUACCCCUACUCUAGGCUCUUCAUGA